CUGGCUCGAGAGCGCGCAGCCCGGGCUCCAUGCCGCCCCCGCGCGCGAGCGCCGCGGGGGGCCAGGGCGGCGGCGGCCCGCCCGCGGCCGCGUGCGAGGGCGAGGGCGGCGACGGGGCCCGGCGGCCCGGGCCCGGCCACGAGCCCCUGGAGGGCGCGGGCGCGGAGGGCGUCGCGGACUUCGAGAGCCUCCUGCGGCUGCUGCGGCAGGAGUGCGUCAGGCUAUGCCGCGAGAACGCCACGCUGCGGGUGAGGGCCGCGCGUUCCGAACAGGACGUGGACGGCGCCGCGGACGCCGUGGACGGCUCCCCGCGCGGCACGGACGGCUUCGGGGGCCGGGAGCCCCCCCCCCUGAAGCUCGGGGCCGGUUGCCAGGAGGCCAGCGUCGCCGAGGAGGUGCAGUCGGCGAGGGCGUCGGUGACCUCCAGCGCUGUCUCCAGGGAGAUUUCCCAGAGGUUCGGCGGCAGCAAGACGCUGAAGGAACGCUUCGGCAUUGACACGGGGACGUCCGAGUCCAACAGGAAGAUGACCGCGGAGCUCAUGCAGAAACACCUGGAGAAGCGGUCACCCAAGAUGACCUACUUUGGAUUCAGGGGCGCGAAACAGUUGAAGGCAAAGUUGAAGUGGGUUCGCAACCACAACUUCGAUUACGCCAUGGCGUCUGUGAUUCUUCUCAACGCGGUCUAUAUGGGAACCCAGACCUGGAUGGUCAUGCGCAGCACCCGGGAUGACCCGAAUAGCGCGGAGAGUGCCAAGAGGAGUUGGUUGAUUGGAGAUGUGGCGUUCGCACUGAUCUUCGUCAGUGAGCUCAUAACCCGGGUUUUCGCAUACCAGGUGAAAUUUUACCGUGGGAGUCAGAGGUGGUGGAAUUUGUUCGAUUGCGUCACAAUUACUGCGACGGUGGUGGCCACCUUUCUUGAUGCGAUUGGUACCGCGCCGAGCUUUUACAUCAACCUCUUCAGGGUUUUGCGACUUGCUCGCCUAGCACGAAGUUUGAAAGUCUCGAAAUCACGGUUAUUUCACAACCUGAAGGUGCUCAGCUAUACCGUGGCUGGAAGUGCUAACGCGUUCAUGUCCGCCAUCACACUCUUGUUCGUAGUCAUUUACGUGUUUGGCUUAAUGUUCAUGCAGGGCUUGCAGUCGUAUAUUGUUAGAGACAACGCCGAUCCACUGGUAAUUCUUCAACUGGAGGCUUUUUUUGGAUCCCCAGCAGACACCUUAUUCACUCUGCUGAACGUUAUCACUGGUGGAGAUUGGGAAGACGUGGCCACUACGUUGAGGGACAUCGAACCCUCUUACCAGUGGUUCUUCUUAGCGUACAUUACGUUCACUGUUCUUUGUAUCUUGAACAUUCUCAACGGAGUGUUCGUUACCGUUGCCAUCGAAUCCGCCCAGACGAACAAGGAGUUGGCUAUCCAGAGUACCCAAUACAAGACUAGGGCUCUCAUAGAACAGAUGGUGGAAUGGUUCAUCGAGGCAGACAAAGACAUGUCAAACAAGGUCUCUCAUGAGGAGCUGCACGAUCUCAUGCGAGACGACAAAGUGCGGGCUUUUCUGCGGGCCAACGGCAUUGAUGUCUCGAGCACUGCCCAGGUAUUCUUUCUUCUGGACCGGGACGGUACUGGGGAGAUCGAGCCUGAAGAAUUUGUUGACAAUUUGAUCUUGCUGCAGGGUGGCGCGAAGGCUCUUGAUUUAGCAUCAUUGCGCGUGGUCUGCGAUGACUUGACUCAGAAGCUUGAUGAUCUGGAUGACAUGAUGCGUAGACAUAUCGUUGGCCUGGGCCCACCUGCUACUCCGUCUCGCCGUCAAGCAAAGAUUCCUGGCGGGCUCGGGUGUGGACUUCGGCUUGGAUGGGAUGGGCCAGAAGACGACCCAACUUCGUCAAGACCAAACAGUUUUGGGCAGCCGAUGUCUGUAAGCAGUAUGUUCUAUCGCCAGGUGACCAGGUGAAAGUCAGUUGAGCUGCAGCGGCUUGCGCGCCCCGGUUCGGCCUCCCCGAGGCUUCCGAAAGUCGUGCACCAGAGGUCACGCUUGCCCAUGGUCGCCAUUACGUGUAACCGCAAAAAAAGUAUUUAAAUCCUUUGUCGCGGCACAGCCGUUGUCGCCUCCCCCUGGCAGUGGCAAGACCGUGCGCACGUAGCCCGCCCUGCUGCUGCCAUCUCGUCGCUUGCCCCCUUCCCCCGCCCUACCCUACCCCCCCGUCCCGCCCCGUCCGUGCGAAUGCUUCUUGUGAUCCUGUGCUCUGAGCGCACAUCGAAUCCGCCGUCUCCAUGCCACAACACGGCGCAGCGACGGUGGUUCAGCCGAUAACGUAGACACUUUUAGUUGGUCUCGCGUUCCAGUUCGGUAGGUAGGGUCCUCCCUGCCGCGGAGGGCGACGCAAUGCUGUGCCUGAGUGGCUGAAUUCGCAUGUGCGUGGGUCAGCCUAGCAGGCUGGACAUGUUUUUCGCUUGACUGGCAUCCUGCCUAACAGGCUGGAUCUGCUUUCGCUUGCACGGCAUCCUUCACACAGGGCGGAGCAUGCCAAGAA